GGCUCCGCGGCCGCGGGGCUCAGCGUGGCCGCGGCGGGACCUGUGGCUUCUCCCGCCGCGGGGCGACCGGAAGCGCCGCUCCCCGCCGCUGGCUCCGCCAGCGAGUGGCCUUUUGCAGCCGCCGGAGGACGAGCUAAAACUUUUCAGCGCGGUGAGGAGCCACUCGCAAGGAAUUAAAGAUGAGUAAGAGCAAAGAUGACGCGCCUCACGAACUGGAGAGCCAGUUUAUUUUACGACUGCCUCCAGAAUAUGCCUCUACUGUGAGGAGGGCCGUGCAGUCUGGACACGUCAACCUGAAAGACAGGCUCACUAUUGAGUUACACCCCGAUGGGCGUCACGGCAUUGUCAGAGUGGAUCGAGUUCCCCUGGCCUCAAAGUUGGUAGAUCUGCCUUGUGUCAUGGAAAGCUUGAAAACCAUUGAUAAAAAAACCUUUUAUAAGACGGCGGAUAUCUGUCAGAUGCUUGUAUCCACAGUGGAUGGCGACCUCUACCCUCCUGUGGAGGAGCCAGUUGCCCCCGCAGACCCCAAAGCAAGCAAGAAAAAAGAUAAGGACAAAGAGAAGAAGUUUGUUUGGAACCAUGGAAUCACUCUACCUCUAAAGAAUGUCAGAAAGAGAAGGUUCCGGAAGACAGCCAAGAAGAAGUACAUCGAGUCUCCCGAUGUGGAGAAAGAAGUGAAGAGGUUGCUGAGCACUGACGCAGAAGCUGUCAGCACCCGCUGGGAGAUAAUUGCCGAAGAUGAAACAAAGGAGACAGAAAAUCAGGGCCUCGAUAUCUCUUCUCCAGGAAUGUCUGGCCACAGGCAGGGCCACGACUCUCUAGAGCACGAUGAGCUUCGAGAGAUAUUCAACGACCUCAGCAGCAGCAGUGAGGAUGAGGAGGACGUGAACAUCGUCGACACCGAGGAAGAUCUGGAGAGACAGCUGCAAGACAAGCUCAACGAGUCCGAUGAGCAGCACCAGGGGGACGAAGGAACCAGCCAGCUGGUUAUGGGGAUUCAGAAACAGAUUGACAGCAUGAAAGGCAAGCUGCAGGAGACCCAAGACAGGGCGAAGCGCCAGGAGGACCUCAUCAUGAAGGUAGAGAACCUGGCCCUCAAGAGCAGGUUCCAGGCUGUCCUGGAUGAACUCAAACAGAAGGAAGACAGGGAGAAAGAGCAGCUCAGCUCUUUGCAGGAAGAGCUAGAAUCACUCCUCGAGAAGUGAGGACGUGCAUUUUAUUUUCAUAGUGAGGUCUCAAAGUUGUUCUCAUUCCCUAAAAUGCUAGGAGUCGUGUUGAAUUUUGUUGUUUUCAGAACUGCUGUGCCAGGUUUUUGUUCUUUAGGAAGUAGGAUUGCGUAUGUAGGUAAGUUGUUAGUAAGAUAGUGAAGAGUGGAGCUCUAAUCACUUCACCAUAGGUCUUUGUUACCAUUUGCCUCUUUUCCAGACGGUUCCAUUCCUGUUCUUUGGUGCUAACAUUAGUAAGAAACUAGCCUACAGGCAGCGAAGUUAGUUUAUUUUUUUAAAUUUAAUUUAAUUUUUUAAAAUAGAUGUAUGCAGUAGCUAUCUUAUUAGCUACUCAGCAAGUUUCCAUGUAUAGAAAUGUAUAUUAUUGCAUAAAGUUGUU